AUGGCUUUUGAAAAGGCCGACUCUUCUUUCAAAGAUGAGAAGUUUCCUUCUAGAAAUAACCCUGCUCUGAGCCCAAAUCGUCUCCCUGCAGAGAUCCAUGCUGAGGAUGCAGCAGAGGUCGACAAGGAAAGUGGAGUGUCAUCACCGUCUGAGAAGGUCCGGUCGGAUGGAAAGCGAGAAUUGACCGAAGCCGACUGUUAUGACAAACUCGGCUUCAGCUUCCCAUGGUACAAGCGAUGGACUAUUAUUACAGUCAUCUUCACAGUCCAGAUGUCGAUGAACUUUAACAGCAGCGUCUAUCCUAAUGCCGUCACACCGCUAUCAGAGCACUUUCAUAUCAGCGAGCAAGCCGCGCGGGUGGGCCAGAUGAUUUUCCUUGUCACGUACGCCUUUGGCUGUGAGCUCUGGGCACCGUGGAGCGAAGAAUUCGGCCGGUGGCCUAUCAUGCAGCUCAGUCUGUUCUGUGUCAAUGUUUGGCAAAUUCCCUGUGCACUUGCUCCGAAUUUUGGCACAAUCGUUGUCUGUCGGGCUCUGGGUGGCUUGAGCUCGGCCGGUGGCUCAGUCACUCUCGGAAUGACCGCUGAUAUGUGGGAGCCGGAUGACCAGGGCUUUGCAGUCGCCUAUGUGGUCCUAUCUUCCGUCGGGGGAACGACCAUUGGGCCGAUCUUUGGCGGUAUGAUUCAGCAGUGGCUGGAUUGGCGCUGGAACUUUUGGAUCCAGUUGAUUUUUGGAGGCGUGACCCAGCUCGCCCAUUUCUUUUUAGUCUCCGAGACUCGAGCAACGAUCCUGAUCGAUCGGGAGGCGAAGCGACGUCGGAAGACCGGUGAGGAUCCGAACGUCUACGGACCAAACGAGCUCAAAAAGCCUCGGUUGAGCGGAAAGGAGAUCCUGGCGGUUUGGCGUCGACCGUUUGAGAUGUUCCUGCGAGAACCAAUUGUGCUCUUUUUGUCACUGCUGUCUGGUUUUUCCGACGCCCUGAUCUUCACCUGCAUCGAGUCCUUUACUUUGGUCUUUAAGCAGUGGGGGUUCAACGCUCUCAAGAUUGGCCUUUGUUUCAUUGCCAUCGUCGUAGGCUACUUGGUCGCCUACGCCGUCUUUCUUCCCGACAUUACGCGACAGCGUCGUAUUCGACAGAAGCAAGGAAACGCCGCGCGUAUCGCAGAGCGCCGGCUGCUGCUCCUAUUAUUUAUCGCACCCCUCGAAACCAUCGGUCUCUUUGGGUUUGCAUGGACCUCCAUGGGUCCCGAGUAUACUCAUUGGAUCGUUCCCUUGGUAUUCGUCUUCUUGAUUGCCAUUGCCAACUACGGUAUUUACAUGGCAACCAUUGACUAUAUGGUCGCUGCCUAUGGGCCUUACUCAGCUUCUGCAACGGGCGGAAAUGGCUUCGCACGCGACUUCCUAGCUGGGCUCUCCGCGAUGUACGCGACUCCAAUGUAUAGCAACAUUGGAGGCAAGUUCCACUUGCAGUGGGCGAGUACCAUCCUGGCAUGUCUUGCUAUCUUUGUCACCAUCCCUAUUUACAUCUUUUACUGGAAUGGCCCUCAGAUUCGUGCCAGUAGCAAGUUUGCCCAGACUCUAGAGGCCGAUCGUCUACGCGGUGCCAGUCGCCGGGCGAGCCACGUGAGCGCCAGUCCACUAGGGGCGUGA